GGGUCUCCGCCCGCUAGAACCAGAGAAAGCGGAGGGGGUGGGGGGUAGGGGUUCGAAGAAUCGAGGAGAGGAUGGGGAAAACCUGGUGGUCCCGGCGAUUGGGCACCGGGAGAGCACGUGGGACUUUUCCCCCCUAGAAAACAGGGAAGGAGGGAGGGGAUGGAGGGAACCCUGUGUGCGAUUCGGCGGUGGGCUCCGAGCUGGCGGGUUUCCGCGGCCUCCCCGGGCGGAGCGAGGAAGUGGUGGGUCGCGCUGAGGGUGAUGGAGGAGCGGAAAGGAGGGAGAGGAGUCCGUGGAGGGGCUGGAGGAGGAGAAACCGGCAGGAAUCCGCUGUGUAAAAUAGAGAGUGGAGGCGAAAGGGAGCGAUUUCUAAGAAUUCAGGAUUCGUUCUCAGAGCAUUAAACUGGGAAGGAAAUUGGCGCUGGCCGCUCUAGCGUCGGCAGGACGGGAGGGGCUGUUUGUUCUCUCUUCGUGAAAGAAACCCGCAGCCCUGGGAGCUCACUGGUAGAGAAGCCAGGGGCCUGGCCCCUGCCAGCCACGUACACCAACCACCAGAUCCUCACCUGGCUCAGCCUGUCUUGGCUCCCGCUCGACCUUCACACAUGGGGCUUGGAAGAAAUAAGCAAUUCACAAGUUUUCAAUUGCACCUUAUUGCGAGCAGCUGUGAUGAACCUCAAGCAGUCCUGCUCUGUCCUGUCCAGGAUCCUUUGUCCGAAAAGAAAAGGAGUGGAACAUGGUCCUGCUGCUAUCAGAGAAGCUGGCUUGAUGAAAAGGCUCUCCAAUUUGGGCUGCCACCUAAAGGACUUUGGAGAUUUGAGUUUCACUCCAGUCCCCAAAGAUGAUCUGUACAACAACCUGAUAGCAAAUCCUCGCUCGGUGGGCCUCGCCAACCAGGAACUGGCUGAGGUAGUUAGUAGAGCAGUAUCAGGUGGCUACAGCUGUGUCACAGUGGGAGGAGACCACAGCUUGGCAAUUGGUACCAUCAGUGGCCACGCCCGGCACUGCCCAGACCUUUGUGUGAUCUGGGUUGAUGCCCACGCUGACAUCAAUACACCCCUCACCACUUCAUCUGGAUGUCUCCAUGGACAGCCGGUUUCAUUUCUCCUCCGAGAACUACAGGACAAGGUGCCACAGCUCCCAGGAUUUUCCUGGAUCAAACCUUGUAUCUCUCCCCCAAGUAUUGUGUAUAUUGGUCUAAGAGAUGUGGACCCUCCUGAACAUUUUAUUUUAAAGAAUUAUGAUAUCCAGUAUUUUUCCAUGAGAGACAUAGAUAGACUUGGUAUCCAGAAGGUCAUGGAACAGACAUUCGAUCUGCUGAUUGGCAAAAGACAAAGGCCAAUCCAUCUGAGCUUUGAUAUUGAUGCAUUUGACCCUACACUGGCUCCAGCCACAGGAACUCCUGUAGUAGGGGGACUGACCUAUCGAGAAGGCAUGUAUAUUACUGAGGAAAUACACAACACAGGGUUGCUGUCAGCACUGGAUCUCGUUGAAGUUAAUCCUCAGUUGGCUGCCUCAGACGAAGAAGCCAAGGCUACAGCUGGCCUGGCAGUGGAUGUGAUUGCUUCAAGUUUUGGUCAGACAAGGGAAGGAGGGCACAAUGUCUAUGACCAACUUCCUACUCCCAGUUCACCACAUGAAUCAGAAAAUGAAGAACGUGUGAGAAUUUAGGAAAUACUGUAUGCUGACAUGUUCGUCACAAUGGGCAUUCCAGAGUUGUGAAGUUUUUGAGGGGGCAGAUACUACAUGGUCAUCUGGGUCAAUACUGCCUUAAUGAGAACAUUUGCGUAUUCUCACAAUUGUAAAAUUUCCUUUCCCCCUCCAUUUUGGUGACCAAUGAUACUACUGUAAAUGUAUUUGUGGGUUUUUGGGGGUUUUUUUUUUGCAAUUCACAGGGUAUUAAUAUGUUGGAGUACCAUGUAAAUUUAAAGAAGUCAUAAACAGCAUUUAUUACCUUGGUA